CAUCUCAUCUCAUCUAAAGCACACUGAGAGAGAGAGAGAGAGAGAGAGAGAGAGAAGCUCGUGCAUCGGUGUCUGAUAUGCCUGUAAUAAGUCUGGGGCUGCUUCAAUGGACCUUCAGUGUUUUAAUGAUACUCAUCAUCUUUCAGAGUGUUUGUCUCAUCUUCAACACAACCAACUCACAGGACAGCGGGGAUGAAAUGACAGACACGCUGUAUCAGUUUCACUGUGCCAAACUCAGAGCAAAGUUUUCUGUCAUCAGUCCGGCAAAAAGUAUGAAUAUCAAGAAAUUCACUCAGGAUGUGUCAGAUUUACUGAACUGUCCUUACAGCUCAAACGUAAUCGAGCAGGAACUAAACAGGGUCAAUCUGAAGUUUUGUUGUAAUGCUACAGAAACUUUAUUUCUCACCAAACACAACACAGCUGUCAAUCAAGAGAUUCAGUAUGAAAACAAUAUUAAACAAAUACACAAAAUGGAUGCAAAACUUCACAAGAUGUUGCCUAAGGACAUUCCCUGGAUUUCUGGUGGUUUGGGUCGCUGUGCUGUGGUGGGAAGCGGUGGGAUUUUACAGAACAGUAGCUGUGGACAAAAGAUUGACAGUGCAGACUUUGUCAUACGGUUUAAUUUGGCGACUCUUAAUGUCACUGAUGUUGGUGUGAAGACGCAUCUAGUCACCAUUAAUCCCAGUCAGAUUGAGAAAAAUUACAGAGAUCUGGAGAAAAACGCAAGUUCACUGGUGGAACGAGUCCGUGUGUACGGGAACGCUCACCUCAUCAUCCCGGCCUUCGCCAAAGUGUCCAACACCAAGUGGUCUCUCCAGACUCUUCGGGCCCUUCGGCCGGUCAGACCUCAGCAGCCGGUCGUGUUCUUCAGUCCCUCUUACCUGCGGACGUUGGACCGGUUCUGGAAGGAGCGUGGCCUGAAGGAGAUCCGCCUCUCGACGGGGUUUAUGAUGAUCAACGUGGCUUUGGAGCUGUGCAAGGACGUGGACGUUUACGGAUUCUGGCCGUUCGACACAGACUUGCAGCUGCGGCCGCUUCCUUACCAUUAUUAUGAUGAGAUGCGCCCGAGCCGCUACAUGCACGCCAUGCCGGAGGAGUUCAUGCGUCUGCUGCAGAUGCACAGCCAGGGGGCGCUGACAUUACACUUGCAGAAGUGCUCUUAACAAAUACACAUUGACAUCUGCUGGUACUCAAUGCAUCUCCACCAAACCUAAAGGAUUCAUGCAAAUUAAUAUGUUUACUGUUUGAAUGCUGAACGCUCUAGAGUUUUGUUGCUUUUAAAUUAUAUAAUGCCUAUUUUUACAAGAUGUAAUAUAAGUCUCAGGGGUGUCCAAAAUGUUUCUGUGAUGUUUCAGCUCAAAAUACCUCACAGAUCAUUUAUUAUAGCCUCUCAAUAGUGUCCCUGUUUUUGGUUGAAGAAAAGGUUUGCACAUGAAGGCAGGAUGAAAUGAAUGCUCUUUAAUAUUUAUAUUUCUUUGAAUGUCAGUUUAUGCACGAAUUUCUGUGAGCUGUGAACAAUGUGCCCCCUUAAAAAAAUUGGUGGAUCUACACACACACACGCACGCACGCACACACAAUGUCUCUAGGUGAUAGUUUGUUUCUUUUUUCUUUGUCUGUCUGUCUGUUUAUUUGUUUGUUUCUGAUGAUGGUGAAUCUGUUAACACAACUAAAUAAUUAUUAUCAUACAUUGUCAAAGUGUGCAAAUAAAGCCUUUGAUUUUUUUGUAAGAAUUUGACAGGUUGGCAUGUUUUUUAAAUGUAAAUAAUGUCAACUCCAGAUUGUCUUGUAUGACAUUUUGGGUUAAUUUUCGAGUACAGUUUUUCUCCAGUGUUCAGAUCUGAUUGGUGUGUCCGUCUUAUAUAAUCUGCAUUAUUUCCUUUUCUAUCUGAGAGAUUUUGCCAGUGAAGAAACUGUGUCAUUAGUGUCUAACUGGACUUUAGAGUCAUAAAACGAGUAAAUGAUUAAUUUGACUACAGAUGAGUUCAGACGGCUACAGGUUUCUCACACAUCAGUACUUCUAAGACAUUAAACCUCCUGACAGCUGUACGGAUUCAUGUAAGUGUUGUGUGUUAUGAAGGAAAGCUGAUGAGCUGCCAUUAAUCGUCAUUAAACCGCAUGAUCGGAGAGCAAUGGAGGACAAUAAGACUGAUCGUGUAAACCCACCCACAACAACCCCACCCGCCACGCCCACUUCACCAGUGUCUUCUGAACAGCCAAUGGGUUUAAGCAGUCCAGAGUUAUUAAGGGAAAUAAAACACCCUCCUGUUCUCAAACGUGUUUCUCCACAGACGGGACUUAAGACGAUCUUCUAUGGACGAGGACGACCUAAACAGGAGGAAACGAACGAAUCAAAAACCUCAUGAUGAAACUCCACCCUCUACAAAACGCUGCCCUGUCAUUGGCAGUUUGACCUGCCAAUCAUUUCUAACCUGUCCAUCAAUGGAAGGAGGAAAAAACACCUUUUUUAUAUUGUGUAAACUUCAUUCAUGACUUUGUCUUGAAUUGAUUUAUGAUGUGUUUGUGUUCUUAAUAGAGACUCUUAAGUGCACACUUGUGUUGUGUUUGUCAUUAACACUGUAGGCUACUACACAAUAAAACUCAUAACUACUAAAACA